GGGUCGGGGCCCGGCCGGGGGGGUAAAAGGGGUGAGGGGUGUGAAAUAGGUGGGAUAUUUCCCGUGUUCCUGGCGAGUGGGUUGAUUUUCGUAAAGUGCCCGCCUGAGAUAAAGUGAUUCUGGUGUUACGUGGUGCUUCUAAAGUAGACAAUAGCCAACUUGCCGAAAACUUGUUCAUUUCUUCUUCCUCAGCAUUUAAGCAGCUGUGCAGUUGCAUCUGCCUUUCCCUACUACAGCUAAACUUCCAGCUGCCUGGACCCACUCAAUGGAGCAGCGUGGCAGGUGAAUGUACAAGCUGAGCUGCGUGUAUCAGCUGUUAAGAAACAGCUUCACUUUUACGCUUCCAGUCUGAUCUGCCUCAUGAAGCAGUCUUUGAAAGAUGAAGUUUUACCUUCUGUUUAUAUCACGUAUGUUUCACAUAGUGCAAGUGAUCAGGAGUUUGGGAUUUCUGUAAAUUUCAGGGUGACUGCCAGGAAAAAGAUUUGGAUAUCAUGUGUGGGACUGCAAGAUCUUUCAUCCGAGGGCUGAGCUACAGUGUCAAAUACUGCUCUAAGGACAACCAUCUUCAAAAAAUACAUCUCUAUAGUAAAUUAAAACCAAAAAAAUGCCACAUCCUGGACUGGUCAGGAAGCACAUGCAACAGCACUGUGCCACCUGGAAGCAUCCUGCCAUGGAGAUUCUUUUCCUGCAAGCAGGAAGGGACAGAAAUCCCUUGCAAAAUAAAAAAAAUAGCAUCUAUAACAACACCAGAGCUUUUGUACAAGGAUCUUCUGAAAUCAGAGCAGAAAAACUGGAAUGAAAUUUCAGGAAGAUACAAAGCUAUGGCAAAAAGAAUUAAGAAAAAAAUAGAAGAAUUGCACAAGAAGUAUACGUUCAGUUCGGAAAGUCCACGGAUUAAGGUUGGAGAGAGUGUGUACUUUGAGGAGAAUGGAUGCAUAUUUCUUUCAAAAGCAGAUGAUGUAGAUGAAGGAAAUGUUCGUAUUUUAUUCAGUGCUGAAGAUCUUGGCUUUGAUGAUGCCUUUAUUCAACGGAUCAGAAUUUCACCAGACCAGAGAUACAUGGCUACCAGCUUAAAAAGUGAAAAUUCUGAAGAAGCAACCUGUGUUGUUAUGAAACUUGGUGAUUUCCCUGUUGUGGAAAAAGUCAUUCCAAAUGUAUUUAGUUUUGAAUGGGUUUCAAAUGAUGUUUUGUAUUACACAAGUCAGAAGAACCUUAAAUGCCAAGAUGUGUUUAUGACCACUUUCACUAAACAGAAACAUACUGAGCUGGUUUAUACAGAGCAAGAUGCAAGAUUUUUUGUGGACAUAUACUGCACAAAAGAUAGGCGUUUUCUCACUAUCAACAGCAACAGCAAGACAACCUCAGAAGUUUGGCUGGUUGACUGUAGACAUCCUUUUAAGUCACCUGUUCUUGUACAAGCACGAACAAAAGGUGUCAUUUACCACAUUGAGCACAGAAAUGAUGAGUUGUAUAUUCUCACUACAUACGGAGAGCCUGCAGAAUAUAAGUUGAUGAAGGCACCAGUAAGUUCCAGUGGCAUGGAGAACUGGCAGCUAGUUUAUGCACUGGAAGAGAAAACUAAGCUAGUAGACUUGGAAAUGUUCAGUGAUCACUGUAUUUUGUUCCUGCAGAAUGCCGGUCACCUCUACUUAAAUGUGAUUUCUUUUGUUUCACAUUCAGUUCAAUCAAUAAAGCUGCCUGCGUGGGCCUGUGCAUUUGAAUUGGAAUCCCAUCCUGAACAUACCACCAGCACUUGCUAUUUUCAGCUCACCUCCCCAGUACACCCCCCUAAGCGUUUUGCAUAUUCAUUUAAAGAAAAUAAUCUCAUUGAACAAGCUGUGCAAGAGGUACCAAUUAUUACCAACUGUCACACUACACGUUUACUAGCUAAAAGCAAGGAUGAAACUUUGGUGCCAAUUACAGUUUUUCAUAAUACGAAUUCUAAAGAGCUACACAGGAAACCACUUCUAGUUCAUGUAUACGGAGCUUAUGGCAUGGAUUUGAACAUGAGCUUUAAAGAAGAGAAGCUGUUGUUAAUUGAAGAGGGUUGGAUAUUAGCAUAUUGCCAUGUUAGGGGUGGAGGAGAGCUAGGCCAUAGCUGGCACAAAGAUGGAUGUCAGCAUAACAAACUCAAAGGUCUCGAUGACCUUAAGGCUUGCAUCAUACUGCUGCACGAACUAGGAUUUUCUCAGCCAAAAUACACAGCACUAGCAGCUGCCAGUGCUGGAGGAGUUCUUGCAGGAGCCCUGUGCAACAGCAAUCCAGAACUUAUCAGAGCCAUGGUUUUACAGGCUCCUUUCAUAGAUGUUCUAAAUACGAUGAUGAAAACUCAUCUCCCACUGACAAUUGAAGAACAAGAAGAAUGGGGAAACCCAUUAGCAGAUGAAAAAUGUAUGAAAUAUAUCAAAAGCUACUGUCCUUACCACAAUAUUAAGCCACAGUGUUAUCCCUCAGUUUUUAUAACGGCAUAUGAAAAUGAUCAGCGAAUACCACUAACAGGAGUUCUACGAUAUGUUCAGAAACUUCGGAAGGCUGCACUAGAUCACGCCGGCAGAACAAAAAAGAAAGGAAAUUGGAUCCCUAAUAUCAUCUUAGACAUCCAGGCAAAUGGCAGUCAUUGUGACUCAUCUUGGGAGGAUUCACUAAAUGAGGUUGCAAGACAGCUUGCUUUUCUGAAAAAAGAACUUGAGGAUGUGUGAUAUGCCUCCAACAUUACAUCAAAUCCUGCAAAUAGCUGAUAAGCACAUCAACUACCUGAAGAACUUGGUGUCAGAUUUUUAUUGAUAUGAAAGUGAACACCUUCUCCAGAUGGAUCUCUGCUCUAUGAGCAUAAGCAGACCAGAAAUUCAAAGGCAAAGUUGGGCGUGACAUUGCUUUAUAAAUAUACAAACUGAGCUAAAUUUCUUCACUGCCAAAUGGUACAAAAGUACCUGCUUUCGUGUACAGUUCUGUUUAUAAGCCAAGUGUACAGCACUAUACAAGUGGAGCAGUAGUGCAAAACAGCGUGCUGAAAGCCUAAGGUAUAAAGACACGCAAUUUUUAUGGGCAGCAUUUCUAGUCUAAGACCUCUCUUCCAAGACCAAAUUUUACACAAGGCAGUAAUUCUCCCACACAGUUGUAUUUGAUUAAAAAGUCUCAGUAAGUUCUUCUAAAACUAAUCCCCAGCUGUAGGCAAUGAUGAUUAUUGCCCUUCCCAGCCACACAGCAGCCAGAGAGUGCUGAUCCUUUAGUGGGGCCAAACCAACUACAAAGGAAAAAUGGACUCUUAAGAACAGGGAUUUAGAAGUAGAACUCUUUCAGCUGAGAAGAUCUGAAAUCUUGCAAUGGCCUUAACUAGCAUGGUAAAGGAGGUGCCAAAGUCCUUCCAGAAGACAACACAAAUGAAUACCCCAGAAGGAAAGGCCAGAGUCUCUCCAGAGGAGAGAACAAAAAGAAUGCUCCCAUUGGAGCAGCUUGAUGCAUAGCUUUCAUUAUUUCUGAGCAAGGCAGUCUUGCACAAGAGUGCUACUCAUUGUUUGGGAAGACAGACGCAUGGUACAUAUUCCGAGCUAUUAAGAGCUAAGAGAAGAGAGGAAGAGGUAAACCAUCAGAACAUUAUAUACUACUACUAUCUUGCUCUUUCCUGUUUCAACAAAUACAGAGCCACCCCUGUGUAAUGCUCAUUCUAAAGUUACAGAUGUAAAAAUAAAUAACUAAAUAAAAAUGUCAACUGCCACAGGCUCCAGAUUCUAAGGAGUGCUUCACUACCAGCAACUGUAAGGGGCAGCACCCAGGAAACUUCCCAUUCUUCACACACACUUAAACAGGCUACUCUUUUAGGGCAUUUACUACUUCUCUCCACAGACCCAAUGGGGGUGUCUAAAUAGUUAUCAUUGUUUAUACCAUACCAGCGUUUCAUUACCAAUAAAGAUACAAGACAAUUAGGUA